AUGUCAUCCCCAGCAUCCGGCUCCGCGUCACCGUUGCCAUCCUCUUCCACAUCGAACCCCGCUUCCUUUGGUGUUCCCCUCAUCCCAUGCACAUCCAAUGAGGGCCCCCGUUCCAAUACUGCAACCACCCCCAUCCCAUACGCCUCCGCCUCCGCCUCCUCUUCUUUCUCCUCCCGCAACUCGCUUCGAAGGGUCAGAACGACACCGGCUGUGUUGGGAGAUUCUCAGGGUUUAUCGCCAAGUGCCACUUCUGGACAUACUCUGUUAGAAUUUUUGCAAAACGAAGGCCCCGAGAAUGUUGAUAGUAGACAAGGCCAGGAGGCGGGAGAUGCACGGAAUAUCAGUGCUAUGAACUUGGAGAGAAAGAGAAGGCUGACAAGCACUAGCGACGGCACGGGGCAAAUUUACCCUAACGGUCCUGCACCUUCGGUUGAUUCUGGCUCGUCGAGACCACGUCCGGGACCUUCUGUGACGCCUUCAUGGAGACGCAGUAGUCUAGGGAUUCCGGGGAACUCGAGUGGGAAUGCGAUCGACCUGUCAGCGUCUCCGGAGUCGGUGACGCGACAACUCAACUCGUUGCGGCAUCGAGAGAACAGCUUCACGGAUUAUGAUCUACCACGUUGGCAGCCUGAUUCUGAAGUUUCCAAAUGUCCCAUUUGCAAUACCCCUUUUAGUUUUUGGUAUAGGAAACACCACUGCAGGAAAUGCGGCCGUGUCGUUUGCGCUUCUUGUUCACCGCACAGAAUCACCAUCCCGCGUCAGUUUAUUGUUCGCCCUCCAGAAUCAGGUAGACAACUCUCAACACUGCUCCAGCCAAACCCUUCUCAGAUUCAGAUUAUUAGUCUCCUUGAUAAUGUUGAGGAAGACACCUCUGCUACUUCUGGUGUGCAUCUCAGUUCUCGUGGACAACUAAUACAACAAAGAGAUCGCUACCGGCCGAAUUCAGCUUUGGGUGGUGGAGAAGAGGUUCGUUUGUGUAAUCCUUGCGUUCCUGAUCCCAACCCGGAGCCUCCCAGGCGAUACUCCAGCACUUCUGGCUCAUUGUUGUCCGGUUCUGGACGACUUUCGUCCUCUCUUUCGACGUGGACAGAUGAUCUUGCUGGGGUUUCCCAUGCACCAACCAACCGCCAUUCCGCAUUUCCUGAUUACUAUAGGCAUGGCGUUGGACACCGACGCGAUACCAACCAUUUUCAUCGUCCAUCUGCUUCCCACUCUGCAGCUGCAACUAUGCCGCGGUCUCAAGAAGCGCGCGAUCUCCGACGACAACGGGGUCGUGGCAUGAUAUUUCAACCUGAAACUCCCGAGAUUCAGCGAGCGGCCGCCCAGGAAGCGGUGACCGAUGAAGGCUUGCCAUCAUACGGCAGCUUUGAUUACACAGUUGUUCCAAAUUUUCGCGGCAUACCACCAAGAUACCAGUCAACGCAGCAGGUCGCUGGCGGCCAGUAUCCGCGUUACUCACCCCCGGCAUAUUCGUUGCCUUCAAGCACGUCACUUUCAAACUCCCGCCACCACUCCAUCCACACCUUCCCGCAUCACAUGCCCUUACACCGCCGCGGGCCAGCCUCACCCUCGAGCCGGAACCGCCUAGUAUCGCCCGCAUCCACCUCCACCUCCACUCACCACCGCCCCCCGAUCGAUGAACGCGACAUUUGCCCCAUAUGCAGCCACAUCCUCCCCGCACGAGCCGCAGAUGGCAGUGAAGAAGCACGCGAAGCCCAUGUCCGCGCCUGCAUAGAAGGCCACGGACGACCCAUCAUCGACAUUACUUCCCCUCGCAGCUCUGGUCAUAGCACCUCACAACACUCUUCAUCAAAUCACGGCAGCAGUUAUACUAACGACCAUGGCGAUCACCACGCAGAUCGUCCGCUGCGGAUGCUGCCGUUUACGGCGACGGAGAAGGAUUGUGUAGGAGAAGAUAGCGGGCCGCAGGAAUGCACGAUUUGCAUGGAGGAGUAUGAAGUUGGGGAUCCGCUGGUGAGGUUGGAGUGUUUGUGCAAGUUUCAUAAGAGGUGUAUUGUGGGAUGGUUUGAGAAGAAGAUGGAGUGUCCCGUCCAUAAGGUGAAUUAG